AUGUCGAUGCAUCCGGGCUACCGGGGCGGCGCUGCGCCUCCGCAGCCGAAUGGCCCCUCCCGGCUGAAUGAGCUGUUGGAAGGCAUCAGGGCCGAGUUCGAGGCUUCUGCGCGCGCCGCCGAGAAUUACGAGCACCAAAUUAAUACUCAGAUCAAUGAGAUGCACAUGGUCCGAGAAAAGGUGUAUCAGAUGGAGCAGACACAUGUGCAGUUGAAGGCCAAAUAUGAGGAAGAGCUCGCUCAUCUCCGUCGCCAGCUGGAGGGCCGAGGAGGCGGCAUGCCACAGGGAGGCAUUGGAGGUCCCUCACAACACGCAGGCCCCGCGCAGCCCCCAAACAUCGGCGUCGGCAACAACGUGUUUGGUGCCAUCAUGUCUGGACAGACUGGCCAACCUUUGGCCCCACCUCCUCCGCCUCCUCAGGAGCAACAGCCGCCACAGCACCAGAUGGCGCAACCUCCGCCUGGUCUCUCCGGGCCUCCACCUCCGCCCCCGCCCCCGUCUCAGCAGCCGCCAUUCCAGCAGUAUCCCCAGCCGCCCGGUCCGGGAAACUUCCCUUCACAGCCCCCUCAGAGCACGGCCUCUCCAGGCCCUGGUAAGCGUGGGGCUAUAGGAAGGCCUCCUGCGGGCGGCCCGGCGACUCCGCAGAUCAACAACCCGAUGCCAUAUCCAGGUCCGGGCCAGUCUCCGCAAGUUCCUAACCACCCAACCCCUGACCACCCCCGCGGACUUGCACAACACCAGCCGCCUCAGCCGCCCCCCGGCAACGCGCUGGGUGACCUCGAUAUCGAGCGCAUUCCCUCGCACUUCAAGAAGAGCCGAGACGAUUGGUGGGCCAUCUUCAACCAGGCCGUGCCUCGUGUGCUGGACGUUGAUCUGGUACACACCCUUCAGCACGAGAGUGUGGUCUGCUGUGUGCGCUUCAGCGCGGACGGCAAGUAUGUCGCGACUGGUUGCAACCGGUCUGCCCAGAUUUUCGAUGUCAACACGGGCGAAAAGGUUUGCGUUUUACAGGACGACAAUGCGGACACGUCUGGCGAUCUCUACAUUAGGAGUGUUUGCUUCAGCCCCGAUGGCAAGUACCUGGCCACGGGUGCCGAGGAUAAACAGAUCAGGGUUUGGGACAUCACCACCAGGACCAUCAGGAUUCAGUUUGCUGGACACGAGCAAGAUAUUUACUCACUCGACUUCGCCCGUGACGGCCGCACGAUCGCUUCCGGAAGUGGAGACCGCACUGUCAGGCUUUGGGAUAUUGACAGUGGCACAGCCCUCACAGUGUUUACGAUUGAGGAUGGUGUGACCACAGUAGCCAUAUCCCCAGAUACUAAAUAUGUCGCCGCUGGUUCCUUGGAUAAGAGUGUUCGCGUAUGGGAUCUCACGCAGGGUUGCCCUGUGGAGCGUCUCGAGGGACCUGAUGGCCACAAAGAUAGUGUCUACAGUGUGGCGUUCUCUCCUAACGGCAGGGACCUUGUCACCGGAAGUCUUGACAAGACCAUUAAACUCUGGGAGCUCGCCACGCCUCGCGGCAACAUGCAGAACCAAGGAUCCAAAGGCGGCCGCUGCGUCAAGACCUUUGAGGGCCACAGGGACUUUGUUCUCAGUGUCGCUCUGACCCCUGACAACCAGUGGGUCAUGUCGGGAUCGAAGGAUCGCGGCGUUCAGUUCUGGGAUCCUCGCACAGGAUCAACGCAGCUCAUGCUGCAAGGUCACAAAAACUCGGUCAUCUCAGUCGCACCCAGCCCAACUGGUGGCUUCUUCGCCACUGGUUCCGGUGAUAUGCGUGCUCGUAUCUGGUCUUACACUCGCAUGGACAACCGUAUGGCGUAG